CGUAAGUUAGAAGACUUGGUCCGCCAUAGACACAGCUACAUAAGCGAUGAAACAACUCCUGGCUUUAGAAGGUUUACUUCUACUUGGAUCAAACAUCGUGAUCUGUGCUUACGGACCAUGCGUAAUUGCCCCCUAUUACCGAGGCAGCUGGGAUGUGGUCAGUUCAGAGGUUGUCCUCAAACUGGGGAGGACACAGGUCACCUCUGUCAUAGAAGGACAAGAUCGACAAACAUUUAACUGUGUACAAAAGAAAGGAAAUAUACUUCUCCUAAAGACAACGACAGACACGAAAGGUCAGUGUGGUGUUAUCUGUCUCCUGUUUGGAGAAAUGGCCGAUGCCGGUGUAACUAUAGACAGACUUAACCCUGUUCCCAUGAACGGUAGUAUCAUGGACCCACAGACGAUUGCUACCGAUGUUACCAUGACGAUCGACGACGUUUGCCGUCAGACGAAACCGUCGUACAUUAGAACUGCAUACAUAAAGCGUAAACGACCUGGUUUAUGUAGCUUUUCUGAAGCAUACAGGGGAACAUGGAACUCCACUCUAUCAGGAGCCGAUCACACGGAGAUAAAGAAGAAUUCACUGGAUAUUGUCUUUGCUGGAGGUUUCUUUCUGUCUCUCGUGUGUGAGUGUCGAGACCACAGCGCGUACCUGUUAAGAACUGCAGUCGAAUUAAUGAACAACAUGGACGGGUUCAUGUGUGUAACUGUAGCAACGCUUCCAACGGGCAAACCUUUGAUGACGAUUCUACAAUCUGGUCAGUUUUGGAAUGGUGCCUUGGCAACAGUUCCUCAUCUACAGCCACUGUUACUGGCUAGGGAUUGUCCGAUGGAGGCAACUCCUGGAAUGGAUGUCAUUCUUUACCGGGACUAAACGUCAAUAAUCGUACGGGACCUGUUUAUCUGCAAGUGAUCGCAACUAUUGGUGCUAGAUUUGACGAUGUGUGAUACGAAGUACAAGAGACAACUGCCUAACCUUGUAGCACGUGUAAAAGUUGCCACUUAGAAGUACAUCACAUUCAAAACUACACUAGCAGUUUAGAUUAGAGACGUUUUUCUUUUAGGAGUUGCAAUAAGCCUAUUUUGACGUAUAAACUGUUGAAUAAUGACUCCCCAAUGUACCCAAGUGAAAAACAUGAUUCACAUUUAAAUGACCUAUUCAUACAAAUGCAAAUAUAAUGUUUAACCUAGGAGAUACUAGUAUUUUAGUAGUUAGUUUCCUUUAACACUUACAUCUCGAUAAUUUUCCUAAAAAAUAGAAAGAUAUAACCAAACAAUUUGACCAGAAAGGGAUGUUCACCAAUAUAAUAAAUUCCUGUGAAAGAAAAACAAAUGGUCUUCCAUUGUGACAUGAAUUUUAUCUCCAUCAUUUCCGUCUAUCAGCGUCUAGGAAGUAUGCCAAUCAUAUAAAGCUCCCAGUGAUCAUCAUUAAGCCGUAGUAAGUUUCUAUUACCGAAAAUAACACAGAACUGUUGAUCGUCCUCCAUAUAUGAGAACCGCACGUAAUCUGUCACCUCGAGUAUAUUUACCAUACGGUCAUAUAAUCUGUCACCUCGAGUAUAUCUACCAUACGGUCAAAUAAUCUGUCCCUACUUUGACAAAAGACUUGGGCAUUUUAUUACAAAGUGGAUGCCAAUAUUAUUUGUUAGUUUUUCACAUAAUUUACAUUUAACAAUAUUGCUCUCGUAUGUAAAAGACAGCUCUAUCAGUUCAAGAAAUUUUCAGACAAAAGCUGGGUAUUUUAAACCAAGAGGUAAUAAUGGAUGUAACCCUGCAUACUCAUGAAUGCUAGCAUAAUGUCGCAAGCUAUUAUUUACUGACAAUCAGUCCCUCCAUUCCUUGAAAUAUAAGUUCUAGUAAUAUCUAGUACGUAGUCAUAAAGGAAGUUUUCAAUACGGAAUUUGCUCAUCAGCCUCUACCAUAUACAUCUAUUAGUGUAGUUUUGAACAGAAAACGAGUCAUCCUUUUUACUUGCAGUACACUAUUUGUAUUCUGUCAUAUACAGCCACUGUGAAAAAUACAUUCAUUAACAGGUAGUGGUGCUAUGUUUUGUCUACACUGCCAGGGUAGCUGACGUGUUUCUUUACGUAAGAAGUUAUGUUUACCACCUCAUGUGUUACUAGAGAUUAUGAAGUGCUCAUUAACACCAGUUUGAUCUGAAAGUAUGUCACAGUGUGAAUCUUAAAAUCCUCACCAAAUAUUUUAUGUGAGGUGAUGGUAUGUGUUCGUUGUUAGAGGAACAAUACAGAUUUAGUUUUUUUUACAAAAUAGUACACCAACUCGUAGCAAUAAACCCAACAUCUAUACUCACACUCGUAGACCCUUGAAUCAGACAUGUACACACAUACGCAAACAAACAUAUAUCUGCUACAAAGGACAUCUACAAAUAUUCAUUUUUCCCACACACAAUAACACCAUGAAAUCUCCUUCCCAUAGCAUCAGUAUAAUGCACAAUACUCUAGGACUUUAAGGCGCACAUACCCUAAGUAGCCCUUGAAGCCCUAUCAUACUCUAGUACAUACCCUAUGUAGCCCAUGAAGCCCUAUCAUACUCUAGUACAUACCCUAUGUAACCCUUGAAGCCCUAUCAUACUCUAGUACAUACUCUAAGUAGCCAUUGAAGCCCUAUCAAACUCUAGUACAUACCCUAAGUAGCCCUUGAAGCCCAAUCAUACUCUAGUACAUAUGAAGCCCUUGAAGCCCUAUCAUACUCUAGUACAUAUCCUAAGUAGCCCUUGCAGCCCUACCUUACUCUAGUACAUACCCUAAGUAGAUCAUGAAGCCCUAUCAUACUCUAGUAUAUACCCUAAGUAGCCCUUGAAGCCCUAUCAUACUCUAGUACAUUACCUAAGUAGCCCAUGAAGCCCUAUCAUACUCUAGUACAUACCCUAAAUAGCCCUUGAAGCCCUAUCAUACUCUAGUACAUACCUUAUGUAGCCCUUGAAGCCCUAUCAUACUCUAGUACAUACCCCAAGUAGCCCUUGCAGCCCUAUCAUACUCUAGUAAUACCCUAUGUAGCCCUUGAAGCCUUAUUAUACUCUAGUACAUACCAUAUGUAGCCCUUGAAGCCCUAUCAUACUCUAAUACAUAUGUAGCCCUUGAAGCUCCAUCAUACUCUAGUACAUAUGUAGCCCUUGAAGCCCUAUCAUACUCUAGUACAUACGUAGCCCUUGAAGCCCUAUCAUACUCUAGUAGAUAUGUAGCCCUUGAAGCUCCAUCAUACUCUAGUACACAUGUAGCCCUUGAAUCACUAUCAUACUCUAGUAAAUAUGUAGCCCUUGAAGCCCUAUCAUACUCUAGUACAUAUGCCAGCUUUUACCUUUUAUCUUAUAACCUGCAAACAAAAAACAAAACAACCCCUAACCGAAGCACUGUAAAUAAUCCCCCUUUUCACGCCUCUGUACACAGGUUCCCGAGACACAAUCAUCAGAACAAGAGAAGACAAAAAAGUAAUUCUACACUCACUUCUGGAGUGACCUCCCUUACACCGCUCAUAGAAAAUAUUCUUGCCAUCUUAUAUUGCAUCUAGAUGCAUUUUUCACCUAUGCUAGGAGACAACUGAUAUAGGUAUCGGCGGUUGUGUUCAGUUCAUUUCGUGUACUUUGUAAACUAGAAAGGAAAGUUGAAAUAAAAUAAUUAGACAUACCGACCACUUACGUUUUACUUAUAACAGGGAAACGAUUAACUGUGAUUUUCAUGAAUACAUCUUGUGGCAACGAUGUGGAAUAAUUUUGUGUUGUUAAACGUAUAAUUUGUCGUGUUUUAAAGACGGAAAAUCUUAUAAACAAUGUCACACCCUUUUAUAAUGGUAUCCUGAUUACCACUCUUUAGAUUUUUCCUAACGAUACAUGUAUUGUAAUAAUCACGUUUUGUACACCUACAGCGGGUUCUUUUUUACUGAAGGCGCUAUUCAUUGGGAACAGCCUUAAUGUAAUAAAAAUAUAGGUAAAUUAUCUGCCUACUUGUUAACUAGUAACUAUAUGC